AUGCGUUUGAGUGUUUUUAUAAUUUAUAAUCGUGAAACAUUGUGACAUCUCCACCUAUUAAAUAUACUACGAACAGACCAAUUGAUCAUUUCAAUGUUGGAGCUACCCUCAUGAAAAUCAUCGGCUACGUCGACUGCAUUGAAGGCCUGAGGGAGUUGCCAAAAUCUCCAUCUAAGUGGAUUUACAAAUGCAUUCUAAACAACAAUGAUGGCAGAAGGGUUCGCAUCCUUUGCUGGGGGGAUGAUGCUCUCAAAUACAAUGAUGAUAUCAAGAUGUAUCAGGUACUAAGAAUCACUGGAGGUAUUAUUAAAGCGGCCAAUCCACAAUAUCGGCGAUCAACGGACACUGUCAGCGACAAGGAAUUUCAAUUUGACGUGGGAGCACUUUCGACAUCCUUGGCACAUUCGACAUUAAGAAUGGAGCUGACAAUGGAAGGUCAAAGGUCAUUUCAUACCAAAAAGUUGAGAUGGAGAACGUUUGUACUGCUCGCGGGCCAGUCCAGAUCACUGGAUGGCUCAAAUAGCCAUUCAGAAGCAUUACCACGGUAAGUGGUUCGAGUUAUGGAUGUGGAAUGUUUUGUACAAGGGUUCAUCGCAUGACUAUUCACGUGGUAACAUACAUCCCGAAAGAAGAUUUGAUCGAGGCAAUCAAAAUGAACAUUAAAGGUCGAGUUGAUCGUCUCGGGGAUGGUUUUGUUCUGAAUAUACAAAGCAUGGAUGACAUCACAGUCUUCACUGAGGAUAUAGCCCUCAAUGCAGAUGAGUUGGAUGAUGCUGUCGAAGCACUUCCUCUGAUUCUCAAACGAGGGGCAGCUGAAUCUGCAUCUGAGAGGUGAUGGACGUCGCGAAUAAGAAACUGAAAGCUGAAUAGCUUUAAUUACGUGCUAUUUGCUCUGGAAGUUCAAUUGCACAAUUGAAAAUUUUUUCUAUAACAAGUUUAAUGCUGUUAUUUUUUCUAUACAAAUACUCUUAAAACCAAAGAGAUGACAAAAUGUAAAAAAUCAGAGCAGAAGAAACAUUUACCGGUCAUUUGUUGGAAACGUUGACAAGCUUGAGUUCUUUAAGAAUCCGAUUUUUUACUUUUACAGACUGGCAACUUCAUAGCAGUAAGUAAUGGCACAUCGACAUUACGAAUGGAGCUGACAAUGAAAGGUCGAAGGUCAUCUCAUACCAAAAAAUUGGGAUAGAGAACGUUUGUACUGCUCGCGGGCCAGUCCAGAUCACUGGAUGGCUCAAAGAGCCAUUCAGAAGCAUUACCACGGUAAGUGAUUCGAGUUAUGGAUGUGGAAUGUUUUGUACAAGGGU